AUGCAUCGUCCGCUUGACAUGCUGUUUGCCAUCUUUUUCUCAUUGGGUCUGUUUCCCGCUAUUAUCUUUGCUUCGCAGGUUGCGCUCUCUCCUGAUCUACGUUCACUCUACAUCCCACAAUCCCUCCAGACAUUACUAGUGAGUGCUGUCGCAUCUACUCACGAUCCUCUCAUCUCUAUGGCUCUGGGAAACAGGGAAAUGUGGGUAGCUUCUAUAUUCACUGCCGAACUUGUUCUUCAGGCUCCUUUCUUUCUCUUUGCCAUUGUUGCUCUCUCCAUGAACUGGCACUCUUGGUUUCGUUUUCCCGCUAUCAUCUACUCGGUCCAUGUUCUCACAACCAUGAUUCCAAUUUAUGCUGAGCUGCUUUGGGGACGACAGGAAUUUAUUCAAGCACUUGAAAUGAGCGAGGCUGAAGUCUAUGGACUCCGAUUACAGUGGGCUGGCAUAUAUUCUCCAUUUAUCAUUAUGCCCACUAUCUUGCUGAUCAAAUGGCUUUUUUUUUACGAUCCCACUGGAGGUGCUGGUCAGCGAUUAUUUGCUCUUGCCCCUGGCUCUAUGGUCAAAGCCAAUUUGCAUACUAAAAAGUCGCAAUAA